GAUCCCUUUUCUUUUUCUUCUCUCAGUUUCUGUGCCCUAAUUCAAUUUUUCAAUUUUAGGGUUUUCUUUUUCGAUUGAUAACUCCAAUGGCGAAAGACGAAGAACAUCGAAUUCACGCAAACACUUCAGAUACUCAACCAUUCGAUGACGAUUCCUCUUCUCACUCAAGUCAAUACGAGGAUGACAAAGAAAAUCGAUUCUUUGAAGAUACGGUGCCGUUUGAUGACGAUGAAACUCAGGCGGUGGAUCUUGGUGAUGAAACUGAAGUGUUUGAUGAUAUUGCUGGUGAGACUCAGAAGUUUGAUGAUUUUGAUACGGAGUUGUUGGGUGAAGGGUAUGAAUCUGAUGGAACUGAGGUUUUGGAGGAUGUGGAUGAUGAGGGUGUUGAUGAUCAUCAGUGUAGGGACAGUGGUGGGUCCGCGGAUCGUGAGGAUGAUGUUAAUCGAUCGUUUAAUGAGCGUAGUAGUGACGAGAAACACACUUCUUCUGGUUCAAUGCCACUGCGGUUUACAUUUCUCCGUGCAGAAUCUUUGCGGGAAGUUGGUCUAGCUAAGCGAAGUAUGAAUUCAAAACAUACCGAAGAUCAGCCCAAUUCUGUAAUGGGUAUGAAUCAGUUUUGUCAGGAACCACAUGCUGUAAAGAAUAAAGGAGAAUCCUUUCUUGGAUCUUCUGAGAAGGUUAGGGAAGCUGAUCAGGAAGUCAAUCAUGAGAAACACAAUGUAGAAAUUGAGGGAUUUAAGAGUGGAAGUAUGUCUAAUUCUGCUAGAACGACAGUGAGAAAACUUUCCUAUGAUGAUUUACCUGUUGAAACAAAUGAAGCUUCUCUCAGUAACGAUGAUUUCAACAAAGGAGAUAGCUUGGAUAAGUUACCUGACUACCAUGGAGAAUUGGAAAGGUUAAGCUAUGUUAACUCUCAAGAGCCCGGGGAAUUAUCUCAGCUCAAUGCUCUUGAUUGUAUAGAUAGGUUUAUCAAUAGUAAUAUUAUGGAGUUGGAUGAAGAAACUACACAUGUUACUAAUAAGGAGAAAAAGUCAGAACCACUUCCUUGCAUAAAAGGGCCACAAAGUUUGUCCAAGAAAAUUAAUGAUAAAACCAGAGCUAAACAGACUGAGAUUUAUGACUGGGAUGAUAACCACGAGGAUGAAAGCGGGGGAGGUAUAUACCUAAGAAGAAAGGAAUAUUUCUUUGAGGAUGGAACUCAUAGGCCAAGAUCUUUGCCAGGAUGCCGGAAGAUCAAAUCACGCCGACCAAAAGGUGAUGAGGAAGAGGAAGAACAAUCAAGUAUCCCAGUUAAAAGGAAGACUGCUGCUCGAUCUGAAUCAAGACUGGGGAUGCAUAAUCUGAAAAUAAGGGAUGAUAAUAUACAAGGAGCAACAAGAAAGUUGGAAAGGAAUAUUGCUGAUGAAUUGGAUGAACAAGUUGACGCCAAUUGCUCCAGAGGAGAGAUGGGUCCUAAUAGUAAUGAAGUUGGACAUGAAAUGUUGGAUGUAGGUGUAGAUACUCAAAUAGCUGCUGAAGCUAUGGAAGCCUUAUACAACACUGUGGAGGUUGUUGAUCAUGUUACUAAUGAUGCCACUCGUGUUACUAGAAGCAGGUCAUCUUAUCAACUCAAUAACUCUUCCACUGGAAAAAUGGGGCCAGUUACACCAAAGGAACAUACAGGAAAGUAUGACAGGAAAAGGAAAGUUGAUGUUAAAUCAGUUUUGCAAACUUCAGGUUUAUCAAAGAAAUGUACUAAAAAGGUUGGGCAGUGUGAAAAGAGCAAUGUGGUGAGCAGAUCAAAGAAGAGUAAGCUAAAUGCAGAAGGCAACCAAACAUCUGGUGCUAAUGAAAAUGGUAGAAUAGUGUCGUCUCCGGUCGGUGAGAGAAGAAAGUCAGCCAAAGCUUUAAAAAGACAUCAGCUUGGUGAUUUAAAUAAUCUCAAAAGUAAUGAUGGAGGGAGUACUGUCAAUGAAAAACAAUUUCAUGGUGAUGAUUUUCAUUGUACACCAAUUGCUCGUAGAACUAGACGGUCGUUAGCAGUGGACACAUCAUUGAAAAGUUUGAGAGAAGGGGCAUCAAGGAUUGACCCCCAUGAGAAAAGUAGCGGAGCUGCUCUACAAGCAGCCAAAGGGUUGGGUCCUGAAUCUACUCUGGGUUCUUCUGAUCACUUUGCAGUAGAUGAUACUGCUGAAUUGUGUCAACAGGAGAAAUUUGCUUCAAAGGAAAAUAUUGGUAAUGGCGUUGCUGUGGAUACAUUAGAUUAUCCUAGAAGAAGGAGAUCUCUUCGGAUUAAUAAGUUUUCUAAUCAUGAUGAAGGAUCUGAGAAUUUAGCUGGCUCAUCUAAGUCAUUCAAGCAAACAGAAGAUAUUGGGAAAGGUUCAUCUAAGUCAUUUCAGCAAACUGAAGUUAUUGAGAAAUCUACUACGCGGAAGAGAAAAAUGAGGACUCGUUCUGUUGUCAAAUCACAUGUGAAUAACCCCAGUUCUUCAUCUUCAUGUGGUGGUUUGGUAGUACCUUCUGAAGAUCAAAUGCAAAGAAAAAAUUUGGAGUUAAAUCUGAAUUCAAAUGUUAAAAAUAAUGCAGAUGUCUGGCUCUCCAACAAAAAUUUGAAGGUUGCCAUUCCAAAUGAAUCGCCAAGAGAUGGAUACAAGUCGCCUGACCUGGCUACCACAUCUCCAGCUAAUUGCAAGACACCCGUGAACAAUGCAUCGCCUGUUUGUAUGGGUGAUGAUUAUUUCAAGAAAUCAUGCAAUAGAAAUCUUUCAAAAUCAUGCCUUCACAAAGUAUUUCGUAAGGAUCUUCUUAAAGAAAUGCGUAGCUUAAGUGCCAGUAGACCCGAAUUAAUUACUCCCUCUAAGGAUUCAAGGAAGAGGAAGGAUAUGAGUGAUGUUCGAAUUCUUUACAGCCGCCACUUGGAUGAAGAUAUUAUUAAGCAUCAGAAAAAGAUACUAGCACGACUUGGAGUUUCUGUAGCAUCCUCAGUUGCAGAUGCAACCCAUUUCAUAACAGAUCAAUUUGUGCGUACACGGAAUAUGUUAGAAGCUAUUGCUUUUGGAAAACCGGUGGUCACACACUUGUGGAUUGAGAGCUGUGGACAAGCUAACUGUUUUAUGGAUGAGAAAAAUUAUAUAUUGAGGGAUGCCAAAAAGGAAAAGGAGUUUGGUUUCAGCAUGCCAGUCUCACUAGCACGGGCAUCCAAGCAUCCGCUUUUAGAGGGUCGAAGAGUAUUGAUCACCCCAAAUACUAAACCCAGUAAAGAGAUAAUUUCAAGUUUAGUAUCGGCAGUUCAUGGCCAGGCAGUGGAGAGGGUUGGCAGAUCUGCUUUGAAGGACCAUAAAAUUCCAGAUGAUCUUCUGAUCCUAUCAUGUGAAGAAGAUUAUGCCUCUUGUGUGCCUUUUCUUGAAAAGGGGGCUAUGGUGUACAGUUCAGAAUUAUUGUUGAAUGGCAUAGUUACUCAGAAGCUGGAGUAUGAAAGGCAUCUUCUUUUUGCAGACCACGUGAAGAAAACCCGUUCCACUGUAUGGUUGAAAAGAGAUAAUAGAAAAUUUACUCCUGUGACUAAGUGCAAUUAGAGUUGUUUGUUUCUUCACUCAACUUUCUUGACGUUUAUUUAGUUUAGACCACUUGUAGAUUUUUCCUGGUCCACGUCCAGACAAUUUUUUUAAUGUAUAUUUGUCACGGAGAAUAAUGUGAAAUGUUUUUUUUUCCCUCUUUUCUUUCGGUUAUUUUGCUCCAUUCUGCAAUUCUUUUGUAACAAUUGAAUUGUGGUGCUAAUAAUAAUAAGAGCAAGUAAUACUAUCCCAGUAUUAGCUGUGGACCUGGGUAGUGCUUCUGCAAUUAAGUAAAAAUAGUACGAUGAAUCGGAGGUAUCCUA